UUUGAGACAGAGACAAGUAUUUGUCUCUGUUUGAGAAUUGAGAACUGUUAUCAAGUACGUACAAGUAAAACAUCAUUGAAACUGACCAAUAUUGCUGAAAAAGUGAAUUUCAGCUCAUGAAACUUAAGUAUUUAUCAUGUUAAGGCUGAGGGUUGAAGCUUUUUGAUGUGAAUACAAAAGUUACGUUGCUUGAUAAAUGUGCAUGUGGAAAAUGCUUUAAAUUUUUCUAAAGAACACUCAGCCAGCUGCUGACUGAUACUCUAGAAAGGCUCUUAUUGUCGAUUAGAGAAACUUAGGUAAAACUACAAUGGGCGAAGCGGAUGAUAAGAUGUUAAAAGCCAUUAAACACUAUCAGGAGAGUUUGGAAAGGAACACGAAAACAGGCAAAAGUGAAAAGUUGCUUCAUGCCAUUGGAAAAUUGUCUUUACUUCCAAUCAGAGUUUGGCAUCUAGAAGAAACUGGGGUUGGGAGAACUGUGAAUGGCUUAAAAAAAUUUGAAGGCACUGUGGGUGAACAGGCCAGAAAUUUGGUGGAUAAGUGGAAGUUUAUGGUGAAAGGUGAAGAAGAGGAGGAAAAGGAGCAGAAUGAGCUUAAGUCAAUUAAAGUAGAAAAAAUAGAUGCUGUUCCAGUUCAAGAAUCUCCCCAAAGAGCUACUAGAGAAACUAAAUGUGACGAUGACAAACGUUAUCACUCGUCUAAUCAUAGUAAAUCUAAGAGUUCGCAUGGUGAUAGCCAAAGCAGUAGACAUUGUGAAUCUAAAGCAACUAACAGUGAAGACAAAAGCCACAAAAGACAUAAUUAUAAAAGUAGCCCGUCUGACUCGGAGAUUGCAUCAAAGAGAAACAAAGUCAUAAAAACUGAGGUCAAACAGAACCAUUCGAAGUACAGUGAUAAGUCCAGUGAGUCUGAAUCUGACGAUUCUGAUAGUUCUAAUCAGUCAAGUUCAAGGAGAACACAGAGCGAAAGUUCGCAUGCACGUUCAACUUCUGGGUCUAGUGAUAAUUCUUCUAGCGACAGUAGUGGAAGUUCUUCUAGUGAUGAAGACGACAGCGAUAAAAAUCAUAAUAGAAAACGCCAUUCUUCAAAUGACUCUGAUUCGGAUGGUUACAGCCAUAAAAAAUCAAACGAUUCUAGGAAUGAAAAGCAAAGUAAAAGUAAUGGUGCAAGUUCUGAAUACUCUAAAAUUCAGGAUAGCAAGAAAAAAUUUAAAAAUAAUUACUCAGAUAGCUCAGAUGCAGAUGGCACAGCUCUAAAACAUAAGGAAAAACCAGAUAAAUAUAUUAAACAAUCUACUUCCAAGAACGAUGAGACACGUUUAAGACAUCACAAUUCGAAGAGCGAAUCAAGUAAAUCCAAACAUACAUCAGAAAAAAGUAGAGAACCUGAGUCAAAGUCAAGUAGUUCGGAUCAUAAGAAGUCCGAGCACAGAGAAUCCGUAAGAGGACAAGACAAGUCAAAGGAUCGCGGCUCUCAUAGAUCAUCAACAAAAUCGGGCAAAAGUGAAGAUAAUAAGAAAAAUGAUUCUAAUCAGGAAAAACCCCACAAAGAAAAGAAGGAUGACAAAAGUGAAACAACCAGGAAAAGAAGUAGAGAGGAGUCUUCUAGUAGAGAAAGUAAAAAGUGUAAAACUAGCUCCGACACUAACGACUCGAGACGCUCUCAUGACCAUUCAUCUUCAAGUAAAAAGGAUCGAGACAAGCACAGUGUUAAGGAUGAAAAACAAAAGGAGCCGUAUAAACAAUCAAAGGAUAAAAAAAUUGUGAGCGAAACAAUUAAAGAUAAAUCUGCCGAGUCAAAAUCUAACAAGAUACCAAAGAAGCUGUUGGAUGGCAUCGAUUCCGGUUCAGGGACAAGUUUUGCAGAUGUGUUGGGUAUGCUGGAAGCCCCAGUAUACAGUAAAAGUAAAAAGAAAAGUUCUGCAAACGACGAAACGAUACCAUCCUCCUCAAAGAAAACUUCCAGUGUUCCAAGAGAGGAUAAGACUGCAAGGGGUAGUAAACCGAUUAGUGAGAGCCCCAGUUUUAAGACUAAUGGAGAGAUACCAAAUCUAUUAAAAGACCCAGCUGGCUUAGAUCCACUAGAUAUCAAUAUGUCCAGUUUACUUCCAUCGAUUACACCAAAUUAUAGACCUUUGGGAGUAACACUCGAAAGUAGUAGGCCAAUGUAUAUGGAUGAUGAAGCAUUUAGUAGAGUUAUAACUGCGAAACAUCAGAGAACUAAAGUGUAUUCGGGCAACAAGGCUGGUUUUACGAAGGUUCCCACACUGUUUGAUCUGUGCAGUAGAAUUUUACAGGAUAAUUUAGAUGCUUUGGAGUAUACAGGCGGUGUUCCGUAUUCAAUUCUGAAGCCCAUAUUGGAGAAGGCGAAUCCAAAUCAGUUAUACAUGCUAGAGUUCCAUAAUCCAUAUUUAAUUGAAGAUACUGAUGAAUUGUGGCAAUUGCACUGCCAAAAAGAAUUUAGAAACAAAAAACGAGAAGAGUUGGAGUCUUGGCGUGAAAUGUACUUGCGAUGCUUAGAUGAACGGGAAGCCAAGCUGAAGGCUUUAACUGCCAAUAUAAAACAGAGUCAAGAUAAGUCUAUACCAGUUAGACAGACUAAAUUGGCUUAUGUAGACAGCGUAGUCAAACCGCCAAGGAACAUCGCCAGAAAACAGGUGAAAAAUGGUCUCGUAAUUGAUAUCAAGAAACCAUCGCAAACGCCAACGGAAAGACUAAAUCAACUCGCAAAAUCUGGAGAAGCAUCUAAAAUUGCGGUACCAAAUCCUAGUAGAUCGGCAGUUGAAAGGAGUAGCAGCAGCAGUUCUCAUAUAAAACCCAAGAAAGCUCCGCUAAUGGCGAAGACACUAUCUCUACUGAAAAACCGAUUUGGACGUAGGUAGUUAAAUUACAAAUCAUCCCUGUACAUAAUUAGGCAAUAAAAUUGAUAGUGUCUGCUGAUACGUAGGUUGAAAUGAUAUUUGCAUGAACUUUAAUAUUGGAAAAUGCACGUGGCGCUUCGGUUUAAAUGUUGCUCCUCAAUGGCCUAAAUAAAUUAAUGGAAUCUUAUGGAAAUUGACUGUGAUAUGUUUCAAUAAGAUGAAUCUCUGAUUCGAGCAAAUGUCCCUGAAUAUACGACGUAUUCUGAAAAAUAGCAUCUACUGUUCUAUUUAUUUGACUUUGUAAAAUUUCAACCUGCCAGGGUUGGUAAAUGAAUAAAAAUACGUAAAAUCCUACACAAUUUAAAACAAUAACACUCGAAGUACUUUUCAGAAAGAAUAUCUGAAUAUCUAGAGGGAUUUCUAUGAAAAUUUGGGCUUACCAGGGCGAAAUAUCUCAAUUUGUUUGGGUCAUAGAAAGGUGUCCGACCAAAAGGCUCAGUUUGUACAUGUUUUUUACUGUAUGUAUCUAUUUAUAUCUCAAUCCACUAUAAAUUAAUUAGAAGAAGUGAUCCCUUUGCAGAAAACGUGCAUCUUCUCAAUAUCGUUGUUUUUCUUUUCCUAAAAUAUCUAUUGUAGAGAUUGCUCUAAAUGGUGUAAAUUAAAUUGUACUAUAAGGAAUUGUAUGAGUGGAAAUUUAAGUGUUACAUACAUAUUUUUAAUACCCACACUAUCAAUCGUUGUACACCGCGGCUCAAAAUGGGAACACUUUAUAAAAAUGUGCACUUAAUAUGGGUAAUAACAGUAGAAAUUGAUGGCAUAUAGAAUACUUUAAAAAAACCUAUGAUUUAUGUGAAAAUAGAUGAGUUAAGGUAAGAGAUAUCAAACAUACAGCAUAAUUUUAUGGGGUAUUCUCAUUUUAAAUUAUAUUACAAAAUUUAUUAUAUUAUUGAUUAUUAAGACACUAUUUUAAUGUUUCAGUUUUCAACUGUAAAAUUUCCUAUUUUAAAAAUUUGAUUGUUUAAAGCGCAUACACUUGCCACUUAGUACAAUAAUUUAUUGUAAAUGUCAAAUAUAUUUCAUUACAAAUCUGUA